UAGAGCCGAUAUCCAGCACAUCCUAAAAAGGAAACAAAAACAAAAUCCAAAGAAUGCCUUCAAAUCCAAUCUCAUUUUUUAAGCUACUUAGAUUUUACUGUUUGUGACCUCAAAUUUUGUCUCAUCACCUACCAUUGAUAAGAUUACUAUAACACCCACCAUUUCAUCUUUCUCUCUUUUCUUUCUCCCACACAAGAUAUAAUCUCACUACUAACAUACAUACUGAAUUUCUGACUUUGCUAUUGAUUUCCAUGUUCCUGUUCUUUCCACCUAAUAAACCCAUCUUUUUCCAACCAUUUUUGGAAUACUAGGGUUUCUAUUUCGGGAAUUUUUGCCCAACAAUUGUGGUGGGAGAAAGCUCCAUUUAAGCUUAGAUUUAAAAUUUCUACAUUUUUCUGUGGAACCAAAAAAGGAAACCGAAUAAUUUGAUCUUUUAAUACUUUGUAACACCAGGAUUCUUCUGAAAGAUUACUCCUUUUCUAUCUUAUUUUUGGGGUGAAUAGUGUACUGUUGAUCCUUAGAUGGUAGCCCAUUUCAUGGGCUGUGCAUAAGUUCUUAUUGAAGAUCAAAUUUCGACUGGAUUUUGGUGUGAUUCAUUGGUUAUUGGGAUCUUAACUUUACUUCAGUAUUUAUAGGCACUGGUUUCUGGAAAAUGGGUGAUCUUAAAGGUGAAUUAUCCAAGGAAGCUAUAAUUGGCUUAAAUGUUUGGGAACUAAUUGCUAUUUUUGUUGGGCUGUUCCUUAUUAUUAUUAUAGCCAUUGUACCUCUAUGCCUUAUGGUGUGUAAAAAAGCUAGGAGAGCUAAAGGCAACAUACCCGUUAGUCAAAUCCCCUCGGUUUCAAAAGAAAUAAAAGAAAUUCGAUUAGAGCAUAUAUCCGCAAAUGCAUAUGUUCCUGGUGAAGGGAAAUAUGUGACACUCAAGGACAAAUUUAGUGACAGGGAUUCUGAUAAAGUGGUUGUCCACGGAGACUCGGGGAAAAUGAGAAAUGGCGAUGCUAGUAGCCAGUCGGGUUCAUUUCAUCAUUUGGAUGGGGGUGGUUCCGUAUCAGGAGAUGAUGUGGGUUCUGGGACAUAUGCUAUGUAUAAACCAUCUUCCUCUCAUCCAAUAACUGCUCCAUCCCCACUAAGUGGUCUGCCUGAAUUUUCACAUUUGGGUUGGGGUCACUGGUUUACGUUAAGGGAUCUUGAAGUUGCGACGAAUAGAUUUUCAAAGGAGAAUGUCAUUGGCGAAGGUGGAUACGGUAUAGUAUACAAAGGAAGUUUACUCAAUGGUACCCCAGUUGCUAUAAAGAGGAUUCUUAAUAACCUAGGCCAAGCUGAAAAGGAAUUUAGAGUGGAAGUGGAAGCCAUUGGCCAUGUCCGUCAUAAAAAUUUGGUCAGACUUUUGGGUUAUUGUGUAGAGGGAACUCACAGGAUGUUAGUUUAUGAGUAUGUCAAUAAUGGGAACUUAGAGCAGUGGCUUCAUGGUGCCAUGCGUCAACAUGGACAUCUUACUUGGGAGGCCCGGAUGAAAGUAUUGCUGGGGACAGCAAAGGCUCUUGCUUAUUUGCAUGAGGCGAUUGAGCCGAAGGUUGUACACCGAGAUAUUAAGUCUAGCAAUAUUUUAAUUGAUGAAGAUUUCAACUCGAAGGUCUCUGAUUUUGGCCUUGCUAAACUUCUUGGUGCUGGGAAAAGUCAUGUGACGACCCGAGUUAUGGGAACUUUUGGAUAUGUGGCUCCUGAGUAUGCUAAUACCGGCCUUUUAAAUGAGAAGAGUGACGUCUAUAGUUUUGGGGUCUUGCUCUUAGAAACAAUUACUGGAAGAGAUCCUGUGGACUACGGCCGUCCACAACAGGAGGUAAAUUUGGUUGAUUGGCUUAAAAUGAUGGUGGGAAAUCGGCGGUCGGAGGAAGUUGUGGACCCUAAUAUUGAAGCAAAGCCAUCAACGAGGGCUUUAAAACGUUCUCUUUUAACUGCACUGAGGUGUGUCGAUCCAGACUCUGAAAAGAGACCCAAGAUGGGCCAGGUUGUUCGAAUGCUUGAAUCAGAAGAGUAUCCCAUACCUAGAGAGAAAAAUAUCGCGGUUGCGGAUGCGGAAACGGUCACGGUGUUGCGGAAAACGGCUAUAACGGAGAAAUGACGCGAAUCGCGGCCGAGGUGGUGUGAUUUUUGGAAAAAAAAUAAAAUCACAUAAGGGGUUUUGAACUUAUAAUUGCAUUUUUGUUGAACUACUAUUGUUAUGCAAUAAUAUGCAACUAGUUGUUAUAAUUGCAAUAUUUGAUUCUUUUAGUGUAUAAUUAAUUAGCUUAUUAGUUAUUAGUUAAUUAUUUUGUUUAUCAACUAAAAUUAUGAGUACCUAUAAAUUAAGUAAUCGUAAUAAUUAAAGGUAAAUUAACGGGCGUUACACGUUAUAUAACGGUCAACGCGGCGUUUUAACCGUGAAAUUUUCUGAACCGUUAUAUAACGGGAUUUAACGUUGAGGCAAGUUUGAAACAGGUUAUAUAACGGGCAUUAUGCAAUGUAAUAGGGGAGUUUUUAUUCCAUGGUUCCACUACAAGGCGGUUUAAAAAGGGCAAGGAUGGCUUUUGGUUGGACACGGAAUCACAGUUUUCUGGAUUCCUAAGAUACCCAUUAAUGGUUGAGCAUUUGAGAGGCGGAAUUUACCUAGGGCGGGAGGGGACGUGACCCUCUGGAAUUUUACCUAGGGCUAGAAGGGGUGUCAUCCUCACGAACAUUUUUCCAAAAUCAUAAUUUUAGAGCUUUUAAAAUCAUAUAGUGAUGGUUGGUUAAGUGGUAAAGUUGGUAUUUUUUAACUAAAACAAAUUAGGAGUUGAUUUCUUUACCCCCCAAAUUUAGGUCCAAACUUUACCCCUCUCAAAUUUUGACUCAAGGUUUGCCAUUGGGGCCAUUUAUUCCAGUCAAGAUAUACUGUUGAUUGUUAUGUGGUUUUUGUGAGAAAGGCUCGAGUGUUUUAGUUUUAUUCACCUUGAAUGUAAUUUUCAGUUCAGUUGCUGGGUAAAGUUGAGCUCUAUUCAAGGCUGAUAGUUUUUGUUUAGUUGAGUUUGGGGACGUUAAGUUUCAACUAUUUGAGGCUUGUUACUCAAAAAGUAAUACACGGAAAAGUUUGGGUAAGUUUUUUUCUGUUCAAAGAUUGUAAGUUUACAUAAUUAUAAAGCUAAUAAUUGUUGUGGACAACUAAUACAUAUAGUUCAGGAUGUAGUCGUAAAGAAUUGCGUGUACUUUAGCAUAACAUUAUAGAAAGAUUCCCCAUUACUUUCAGAUGUAGUAUUAUGAUGAUGUUCUUGAUUCUAUUGCUGAUCAUCG